GUUCCUGUAUGGAGUAAAUGGAGUCUAGUAGUUAUCACCCUACUAAGCACUUAAGGUACAUGCUUACGAACGCUUUGUUCAAUUGCUUAGAUAGCUGCCGGUUUUAAUGUACAGUAGGAUUCCCAUCUAGUAUGCCCGGACCUUGUCUUUGGGUAUCUACCUACUUGCGUGCUCCUUCAACACUCAUUAUAAUACCUGUCCAAUCUGGGGACGCCUUGAUCAUCAAUUAUUGUCAUUUCACUGAGCGAGACACACUCCAGGUCUCCACUCAGCGGUUAGUGCUAUGACUCGAUAGGGAAUUUAUUCCUUUAGUCCAGCUCACAUAUUAUCCGCUAACCUGUUCUCUGAGGUACAGAGCGACAAGUCAACCGAUUAAAAGCAUAAGUGGUUGCUGCAAUGUCUAGCUAGCCUCUGUG